GAGAGAGAGAGAGAGAGAGAGAGGCAGGCAAUAAGCUUUGUGUGGAGAAGCAGCGUGAACAGACAUUAUCCUUUAUUUUUAGCCUGCGUUACGUUGCUGCUUUAGCUCCAUCCGUCCCUACAUGGAGUGACCGCGCUCUCUCCUGCCCCCCUGCUCGGACUCCACGAAGGUUUUUAUACCUCUAUGGCAACAUCUAUUCUUCCCCUCGGAGCUGAGACGACGACGGGCAGGGCUGCUGCUGCUGCUGCUGAGACCUUCUGGCUUUUUCAUUUGUUUCCCCUCCCAGCGCUGUGGGAAACGUGAGCGAGGCAGGGCUGCAGAUCCCAGCAUGGAUUAACGCUCGCACGGACGCCACGAUCAGGGUCUGAAUGCUGAACAUGUCCACUCCAAGUGACCUCAAGUCUCCCUGUGUAACGCGAAACGGCAUGGUCAAGCUGCCCCCCCAGCCCAACGGCCUCGGUUCGGCCAGCAUUACAAAAGGCACUCCAGCCGCAAAGAACCGCCUGUGUCAGUCGUCUUCAGUGCCCACCAUCCUGCCCCCACCCAGCCUGCCAUACCACUUUGAGCCCCUGCCUACGGCAGCCUCCCUGCUGGGCCCGGACCUGGACACUAGCCCCUUGAUGGCCAUCAAGCCUCCACUCAGGCAGUAUCCCAAACCGCUGCUGGAGCGGCAGCUGGUGCUGGACGAGAAGGUGCUCAACCGGCUUCUGUGGUACUUCACCACCGCCGAAAAGUGUGUCUUGGCGCAGGUGUGCAAGACAUGGCGCAAGGUGCUGUACCAGCCCAAAUUCUGGGAAGGGGUAACGCCCAUCCUGCAUGCCAAGGAGCUCUACAACGUCCUGCCCAACGGAGAGAAAGAGUUCAUCAGCCUGCAGGCCUUCGCCCUCAGGGGCUUCCAGUCCUUCUGCCUGGUGGGUGUCUCCGAUUUGGACAUUUGCGAGUUCAUCGACAACUACCCACUGUCGAAGAAGGGCGUCAAGUCCGUCAGCCUGAAACGGUCCACCAUCACGGACGCAGGACUUGAGGUGAUGCUGGAGCAGAUGCAGGGCCUGAUGCACCUGGAGCUGUCUGGCUGUAAUGACUUCACGGAGGCGGGCCUGUGGUCGAGCCUAAACGCACGGCUCACCUCGCUCAGCGUCAGUGACUGCAUCAACGUGGCGGACGACGCCAUUGCGGCCAUCUCGCAGCUCCUGCCCAACCUGUCCGAGCUCAGCCUGCAGGCCUACCAUGUGACGGACACGGCCAUGGCCUACUUCACCGCCAAGCAGGGCUACACCACCCACACGCUGCGGCUGCACUCCUGCUGGGAAAUCACCAACCACGGCGUGGUCAACAUGGUGCACAGCCUGCCCAACCUGACCGCCCUCAGCCUAUCGGGCUGCUCCAAAAUCACGGACGACGGUGUGGAGCUGGUGGCCGAGAACCUGAGGAAACUGCGCAGCCUCGAUCUGUCCUGGUGCCCACGAAUCACCGACAUGGCCCUGGAGUACAUCGCCUGUGACCUGCACAAGCUGGAGGAGCUGGUGCUGGACCGGUGUGUACGGAUCACAGACACGGGGCUCGGGUAUCUCUCCACCAUGUCCUCACUGCGGAGUCUUUAUCUACGCUGGUGCUGUCAGGUGCAGGACUUUGGUUUGCAACACCUGUUUGGCAUGAGGAGCCUGCGUCUUCUCUCUCUGGCAGGCUGCCCCCUGCUGACCACCACCGGCCUUUCGGGCUUGAUCCAGCUGCAGGAGCUGGAGGAGCUGGAGCUGACCAACUGCCCAGGUGCCACGGCUGAACUUUUCAAGUACUACUCGCAGCACCUGCCGCGCUGCAUGGUCAUCGAGUAGAUGACCUUUUGAACCUUCAUCAUCACCAAAACCUUCUCCUUCAGACGAACGAACGAAACCAGACUGAUGAUUAACCCCACUUCAUCCUGAACCCAACGAGGGGAAUCGACGGAGGGAUUGUGGAGAGAAACGAGAGAUGGCGUCAGAGUGGUGGAAGCGGAAGAACGGAAGAAGGGAUUACGAGCUGGAGAAAGUGACCGGAUAGGUUUCGGGCUGGUAAAUGAAAUGUAGAAUUGCGAGGGUGUCCGAGAACCUUUCAUUAAACGACAUGACACUCAGCCAUCAGCCUUCACGAGACAUCAGCUCCACCGAACUGAACUGCGAGGCCUGAAAAACUUCCCAUACUUCCUCCUGUAAUCGUCACAUUUUUCCUUGAAGUGAACAGGCGUGUUGCCGUGGCCCUCCGAACUUUGGAUAAGAGGGAUAGAGUGAGGGAAAGAGAGGAAAGCAGACAACAGCUACCGAUACAGGGUCUCUUUUCACUUAUUGUACAGCGGCGUGCGCAUUCCACUCCAGUUUCAGUGCAGUCGCCUCUCUGAGUCUUACGUCUUAUCGAAAAUAAAAUAAAAUCAAAGCUAUUAUUAGGAGACGAACAGCCGCGUAGUUUCGCAUCAGAGCUGCACGCUUACUCGCUUAUUGUCUUGCGGUUUCUCUUGUUUGUUUCCUUUUUUGAAAUAUUAUUUUUUUAAGUCAUUUUUUUGAGGAUGAGGAUGAUGAGGAUGAGGAUUACUGUGAAUUUUAAAGGCGGUUUCAGGACUGUUGAAUAAAAUAGGGAUCCAGGUAUGACGAAGGCUCGGCACAGAAGGCUAUCUACUACGAAAAGGUGUUUUUCUUUUUCUUUUCGUCCAGAAAGUUGAUCUUUUACGGACAGAUCUUUUCACUUCAGGAUUUCUGAAUUUAAAAAGGGGGGGGGGGUGGGUUUGAAUUGUUUAAAGGACAUUUUGGGGUGCAAAGGGACUGUACAUACAGUAGAUAUUCCAUUCGAGCUUGGCCUUUUUAUGAACCUUUGAUUUCUCAUUCCAUUUGGUGUCAAUUGAUAUUAGUGACUUGUGUGCAGGUUUCAAUAUUAGUCCUCUGCUACACUGAACUGGGGCUGCCGCUGCUACUGUGGGACCCGAAUGAAGGACACAAACUGUGCAUCGAUGCCUGUUCGUCACCAGGCUGACCCCUUCUGGACGGUGGACCGAACGCAUGCCGUCAUUAUUUUCACUCAGUAUACACAUAAUGAACCUAAAUAAGCAAGCGUCAGUUUAAACGCAUCACAUGAUUAAGGUCUAAGCCAAUGGGUUUUCAGUGGCAAUUAAGUGUGGUUCCAAAGCAUAAAGGAAUACUCUGGUUUUAAAAAGCUGCGCUCUGCAUUGACCGUUAAUUUCCACGGAGGAGUCAUUUCAAGCGGUUUUUUUCAGUAGAAGUUAAUGGGCAGGUGCUGGAUUCAGUCAGUUAACGUAUGCAAAACUUUACACAGAUUUACAAAAAAAACGUGCACAAAUUUACAUAACCUCACAUAAACAUCAACUGGCAAAUUUGCAUAAACUAAUAAAGGCUUAUUCCGACAAGGGUCAGAUGCUUUUGUCCAUUUUUGUGUGGACGCUUAUUGGAUUAGGCCUUUAUGGAUCAUUCUACCAAAUUGGCUCAGAGAGUUGAAAACACACUUUGGACUUAACUGACCUGGAGAUUAGAUUCAAAUCCUUUUGCUUUAAAUGACCGUAUACCUUAAUUAUGUUUAUUUCAUUAAAACAAUCGAUCAAGCUUUCCAUUUCUUCCCAGAACAAAGUCUAGUGGCCGGCUUUCCACAUGCUAGGCCUCUAUUAUAAGUCCUUGCGUUUUCGCCGUAGACGGAAACAUGUCGAAUUUAUCGUCCGUGGUGACUGAUGGUACAAUACAGAUGUGGCAGUUGGAGAUUAGGGUAUUCCUUGCAAAUUACACUGUAGAUAAGCCUGCUUAUAACUCCAUCCCACUCCUCAAGGCCAUUCAGUUUUCCAGGAGCCCUGCUUUCUAAAGCAGAGACAGUAUUUUUUUUUGUUUUUGGUCACCUCCUGCCGUCUACCCAUCACCUUUGGUUUACAGUAUGUCUGUGUUGCCUACCUCAGGGCAUCAUGGAGGACAUGAGGUAUAAAUACUCCAUAAACAGGGAUCUAUGUGAACUAGAAGCCUCUAUUUCUAUUGCGUAGCUCAUCCGCUUCCGCCUGCCCGUCCCAAACCACCCAUGUGUCCUCUCAUGGGGCAGCUGUGCUACUCCCAUCACCUCUAAUUGGAUUGUGCAGUUGUUUACAGUUGUGUACUGUAGAUAUUAAUAGUGCACUAACCAAGUCCUCAGUCCCCAGUGACCGCAUCUGAGCUUGGACACCUUUAAGACUUACACAACACGUUGUUGAUGUCAUAACGAAACCUCACAUACCUGAAAUUUAACUUGAUACAAGCAGGAAACCUUUCUAACCACUCAAUGCAUCUCAAAAGUGUGAUUUUGGACCAUUUAUAUUGGAUCAUGAAAUGUCCACAGCGUACAAAGCAGCUGGCCGUUGGUAGGUUAAAGGGUUUGAUACGACAGCAACCAUAUGGAUCACUUAGGAAAGCAGCAGUCCGGCCUAAAGCUGGCAUUUUAUGUUACUUGUCGUGUUAGCAAACCGCAAUUUAAUGCCAUGUUUUUAUUCUUUAUCAUUCUGCCACCACAAUAUCCAGCAUGCAUUGCAUAGGUACAUAAAGACAGUGGUGCCAACAAAUCCUGACUGCUAGACUCGCCGCUCAGCUGUCGACUUAAUGCAUACAGCCAAGCUGGCAUUAGUGUUAAUGCCAAUGCAACAUCAUAAAGAAACGGCGAUUCCAUCCUCAACCAGCACAGAAUAGACACGUUUUUGGCCCUUUUGGCCAAAACAUUAGCUUUGAGCCUAUUUUCUCCAUCUGACAAGUCACUUCUGUUAAGUAAUCCAUUCUCUCUAUUGUGGUAAUCACAUGAAGACCACCCCCACCCUCCGACCUUCAAAAUACAUCGGUUUUUCUUUCUUUCUAGUCUCUAAACUGGGGGACUUUACUCAAGACUAUGAUGGCACGGCUGGUGGAGCGAAACACGCCUACAUUUCUCACCUUGCCCCUUUAGGACUAGAGGAAAAGUUUUGAAGCAACUGUUUUGAGAAUUUAUUCUGAAUUAGCAGCCAGCAGUGAGGGUUGUUCAUGGUUUGGGGAAGAGCACCUGGGCCGCCCACGCUAAUGACACAGGGCGAUUAUCUGAAGACUUUAAAGCUAACCGUGACCACUGCUUGGAGCAAAGUGUGCUUAACUUAAAGUAAAGAGUCAGUGUUUCCCCCUCAGGCCAAUCUGAGGCUUUUAAUUAUAACCCAGGACCCUGAAGGCUUUGGGCUUUACAGGUCAGAAACUGCAUGAUGUCCAUUAAAACUUAAGCCUGUUUGCUUUGGAACGUGCGAUGCCCUGCGUAGAGGUCAAAGGCUGCUUCGUACCGAGGACAUGCGUAAAAAGAAAGGUGUCAUCCAUCGCGAGGAUUUUUCGGCGGAAUCGUUUUUCCAAAUGAGCUGAGCGAGUUCAAAGGACCCUCGACGUGAUGUAACGGUUUUAAUCCAGUUUAAGGGACAGCCGAGCUACGACGCAUGUAGGAACCUUUAUUUUUAACAGUGCAGAUUACGGGACACACUUGAUUCCUUCGCUCUUUGUGAUGUGAUUUAUAUUUUUUUCCGAGAUCCGUAUUUAUUUGCUUUUGCUACUUGUGGGGGUUAAUUUAUUGAGUUCAUGCGCAUAUUUAUUUAUUUAUUUAUUGAAACGAAGAGGAGCCAGCGUUGUUGUUUUUGUGUGAGAUGUUUAUUUCAUUCCAAUCAAAUAGGAAAGAGCAGGGAACACGGAGUCGCUUCCGAACGGCAGGGUUUGACCGUCAUUGCUGUUGUUGUUGUUGUUGUUUUAGUUUUUGUUGUGGCUGUCAGAUGAAUUGGCCCGAGCUCUUUCUCGUUUUCUGUCACAAUGCCGGCCUUUGCGCUGCCCCUUUCUGGUAGGCACUCUGGUGAUGUGCGGCUGGCAGAGGAAAAUAAAGGGGUCACAGGGUUUUGGCCUCACUGACCGAACCUGGACUGACCUCAGAGUGACCCACCUCACCCGACCCAUGCUACUCCGCUAAAGCAUCAGAGUGAAGUGAAACUCGUUUGAAUUGAUUACAAAGGAUUCAAUGCAUCAUGUCUCAAAUUGUCAGUUCGAUUCAAUUCAGUUAUUCCUGCGCGACUUGAUUAUUACAAAAAUAGACAGACUGUACAAACAUGAGUGGAAACUAUUUACACUGUGGACAUUAAAGCAAUCAAAGAUUUUUGUUUGGAUUGUUACAUUUGGAAAUACAUGAGUGCUUUCUUGAAUAGGCAACACUUUCCUGUAGUGUUCAUAAAGCUUCAUGACACCUACAUAAACAUAUCACGACAGCUGACAUAAACCUACAUAAACAGUUAUAAAGGCUUAUUCCCGUAGGUGUCAUGAAGUCAACUUAGCAUCGAGGCUGGCAAAUGCAACCUUUAAGACAAAAGGCGACUUUUGAAAUAGGUGUUCAUAGAGGCUUCAUAACACAUACAUAAGCGCCGGAUACUGUAUUUAAUUGAAUAUUUAUUAACAGCUUAUGCCACUGUUUGCAAGAUGCCCUAAAAUGUUUUAUAAAAUGAAUGACCUACUUUGGGCUUUGACCUAAAGCGACAGGCCUUUGUUCCAUUUAUAACGCUGUUAUUAAGCAUCAUUCCCAAGUCAUGGAACUGACAAGGCAGAGGCCUGGUUAAGGCCUUGCCCUCAAAGUGGGAGUGAUCCUGUGAUACAUAUUUUAUUUUAAUACAGAUACAUAUUCCCAUACAAAUAUGACAAGUACUGUGAGUCGUCAUAGUUACGAUGUUAAAUGACUUUGCGCGACACUUUCUAUUAAGAAGAAAAACAGUUUAUUUCAGCUCAUCGCUGCAGCCACACAGGUCUCCUUUGAAAGAGAUUCUAUACCUAAACUCAUUUAGAAAUGUCCUGAAAUGAUGUAUGAAGGGUUCAUUUGCAAAAAACAUCAGUAAAAAAAAUCACCACUUUAAUUCUUAAUCCUAAAUCAGAUUUUUUAUUGUGUAUUCCAAGUAAUAUCAAUCAAACUGCAGCUGGGUUGUUUUGAUUAAAUAAAAAUAACUCAGUAAAAAACAGUAACUUAGAAAUAUUCAACUUUUUUCAUUUUUUAAAUGUUUUUUUUUUUUUUUGCAAAAGCAGACACUCCAGUGGUCAUUUUCACGUUUCAGAGUUAAACAAAGCCAUGUAGUAAUAAUAAAGGGCAAUAUUUAACAUUCUUUACCAUAAAACAGGCGGGUAAAUUGAUAAAAUAAAAAAGCAGCUCAUUAAGAUUCAGUAUUAGAGCUGAAUCUCAAGUGGCUCACUGCUCCAUAUAAGGUGCACUAUGAGUUAUGAAACUGAGGCUUUCAUACAGAAAUAUUGGUGUUCGUGUCCAGCUGGAAUCGGCUCUCAGGGCUGAAUCCAGAGUGGUUCUCUGCUGGACGCACUGAGCUCUGUUUAGAUGCAGUAGCCGUUACUGUAAGACCUACUUGGUCUGACCUAAACAGUUGGUGGCAGUGUUGAGUCACCAGACCCAAAUACUGCUCGCUGAUUGGCUGAACGAAUUUAUCAGGGUCUGCUGCAGAGCACAGCUGGCACUGAACCGUUUCUGCUGUGCAACGUGAACUUGCAGUGCCCUGACAAUGAACAGUAAUGGCAUUUGUGACGAAGCGUAUUUAGGGUUCAGAGCGUGCUGUAAGAAUAACUCCCGACACCUCGUUUUUAAAGGAUGACGUUUAUCGUGUUUUUGCAAAUGAACUCUUCAUAUGGCGUUCAUAACAAGGCCUCUACCUUAUGAGUGCCUUCACUUGGGAAAUAUAGAUGGAACAAAUGUCCAUCACUGUAGUUGAAGGCCUCACAUAUCAUGUAUAUCCGUUUUUUGGUCGAUUUUAAUUUUUCUACCUCAUGUCAGCGCGACAGCUUCCCUUUACACUGUGUGAAAAUAUCAUAAAACCUCUUUACGUUAACGUUUUGUUCUUUGGACCGUGACGAUAUGUCGGCGCAGUGUCAUUCACUUCAUAAAACAUCUUAUGUUAUCUUGCCAUUAUCGUUUAUACAUAGGUUAUCAAUGCUUAUGCAUGCGUUAUGAAGUCGCUAUGUAGGCAGCCUUCAAAUAAAGUGCUACUGAAAUGUUUGUAGGUGUCAUGUAGCCUUGCAAGCAGUUCCCAACACACAGUCUGAUUGGGUAAAAAUCAUUCUGCCCUUUUUUUUUUUCCACCGCAGGACUUACCAGCGGUUGCUAAGCAACAGCAUUGGUCACUUGGUCAUUGGUCAACAUUGGCCAGUGUUGGAUGCCUUUGAAACAGUGUUUGGGGCUAUUUAACUUUUCUUCUUUCAUUCUUAGCAAAAAAGGGUUCCAACACAGAGUACUUGUAACAAUAGCGGAACCCUUUCUGGUGCUACACAGAACCAUUUUUUAAAGACACAACAGUUUUUCCAUUAGAAGAACCACUGAACCUGGCAAAAUAUUGGUCUUUAUUUAUGCAUUCAAAUGGUUCUUUGAGUGUUUGCGAGUCGUACUUUAUUUACCUAAGCGGUUUUUAGGGAAAACCGUUGGAUAAAAGCAGGAAACACUCAAGGUCAUAUGUUACCGUGAAUAAUAUCACAGCUUCACAGCCGUUACGAUCCAUUCUAAUCUUCUAAAAUCGAUGCAGUUGAAUGGCCACAUUCAGAUCAGUGCAUUUGCACAGGGCAACAGCCUGCCUUUUCUUUGGUUCUGCCCAGAAUGUUUUUUUUUUCUCCUAAGAAACUCUGAAGAGUGCUUUUGGCAGUGUCUCCAGGCCUGGAUGUAGAACAUGCUGUGCCAAUUCAGCUGACUGAGGCUUCAACUGUCUAGGGCCCGUUUCUUGCCUUUUUUUUAACCAGAAGGAACCAUGCUGCAGUAUUUUACACCCACCAGCUUCCUCCACAGAGGAGAACGGGUUUUCAUCCUUAGCCGAAGCUUGGAAUGAAACACAGGCCAUCGAGCAGUUCUGUUCUUCCAUUGUCUCAUCUGUCCACUCACACAGUCAGUGAGAACCAUUUAAAAUGAUAUACAGAGAGAGUAUACUUAUUAAUAUAUAUCGCUACUGAGGAAUAUUAUAUGGAGAUGUGAAAACAGUCAAAAAGGUCAUGUUAGUUUUCACUGCAAACCAAGACUUUCCUUCUCUUUGUAUGGAAAGUGUGGGAAGAUCAUGCCGCAUCACCUUUUUAAGCUGGUUAUUACUGCUCUCCAAACCCCCUGCACUAACCCUGAGCCUAACCUGUACAUAAAAGACGGGGAAACGCAGGUCGCACAUCUAUUUGCGCAUCUCAGCAACAUUUCCUUUGUUCAAUUUCCGGUCAAAACAGCCAAUCAGUACAAGUGAUUGAUUUUUCAGUAUCAGUGUCAAAAAGCAGUGAGCAUGUAUUCAACAGAAUUACACAAGUGUGCAUCUAAAAUGCCUAAAGGAGAAAUUCCUCAGGAGUUUAAAAAAAUGAUCAAAAGUUACGCAGAAAAUGAGACACCUAACAACCACCUGGAAGACCUGGUAGACACCAAAACUGCCCCCGAUCUGAAAACAUCCGCAGGUGUUUCUGCCCAUCCUUCCACUGUGAGAAGACCACUCAGCGCUGUGGGUCUGAAAGGACGUGUAGCUGAUCAAAAAGAACCUUACUGAGAAAAGGAAAGUAGAACAUUUGCUGUAGAGAUGCCAAAACUGGACAUCUUCUAAGCCUGAACUCUGGAGGUGUGUCUGUAGAUUUCUUUGAGAAACUGAAAGUGAGUCUCCUGAAAGGAAUAGAAGUAAUAGCGGUAAAGAGUGGACGCAAAUGUGAUACUACAUUUAGUGGACAAAACCUCGAAUCUCCAAAAAUGUAUUUUUACAGGACAAGGAAAAACGUUCUCACCUCUCAAUGGAAGUAAAUGGAGAAGCACGUUUUUCAAAGUAAUUUUGGAGCACUUACGUUGGACGAUUCAACAUGAAAUUUGGACACAGCAUAAAUGCCAACUCCAUUUUUCAAAUUAUGACAAAAAAUGUAAAACGAGAAAAAUGGAGAUACAAGGUUGCCCCGACAGCAACAAUAUGUUUUUACCUUUCUUCAUUAUGCUGAAAAAUCAAUGACAUGUACUCAAUGGCUGUUUUGACUGGAAGUUGAAUAAACAAAAGUGUGGUCUCUGACUUUUGCACAGUACUGUAUACCUAAAUAAAAAUUCCAACAUUUUUCAACUUAA